UUUUCGAUGAGGGAGUCAAUUUUCGUUACCAUGCGGCACGAGUGCGCGGCGCGAGGGAGCGCUGCAGGCAGUUGUCAUGGCGAUCAGACGCGCUGACGAUUGAAUUAGAUGUGCUUUGGCUUUCACCCUUUCUCUGAAACGAAAAAUUUCCAACAUGUUUUGCCUACAACUUCCAACGAAUGUUAGAUAAAACGCAUCAUGUUGGUCUUAGGGUGCGGUAACAGCGCCACCACGUCGCAGCGUCCGAAAAGCAAGAAAAAAAAUUUGUCGCAUUGAAGCGAACGAUAGGAUGAAACUCCAUUCCGACUCGAACUUGGCGGAUUUUCUUCCAGUACAUGUCAGGAGAAAGCUGAGGCACUCCAGCCCACCUUAGCGUGCGAUGGAAGACCUGAGCACCUCAAUGCUCCCACCAUCUCCAGUUGACGAGCUCAAUGGCGACCAGGAAGAAAGCUACCUUUGCCCAUUGUGCUUGUAUUCCACCACAAGUGCAGCCAUUCUUUUUCGGCACCUAUUCAUACACACUGGCAUCAAGCCAUAUUGCUGCUUUGAGUGUGGAGAACGCUUUGCCAUCCCCGAGACUCUCCGAAGUCACGUGACAGAGAAGCACACACGGAAGCUUCCACUUCACUGCGAUCGAUGCAAGAGUGACUUUCGCUUCCGCCUAGAGCUCUGCCAACACGAAGUUGUGACGUCUUUGGAGACCCUGCACUACUGCUACUACUGUGGAAAAGGUUUCCUCUCUGCAUCAGAUGUCCUCCAGCAUGCACGGACAUCUCACUUGCCUUCCAGGAAGCACGAGUGUGAUGUCUGUGGCCGCUUCUUUCCAACUUUUGAGAGCAUCAGCAUUCACAGCGUCUUUCAUUUGCGGCAUGGUGGCCCUUAUCGUCAAGCAGCUAUUGGGUCGAGGAAGUACACAAAAUUCCAUCGGAAACGACGACCACACCGUUGCCUUUUCUGCCCAAGGCACUUCCUGUACUUGGAAUCCCUGAAGAGGCACCAGCUCACACAUAAGCUCGAAAACAGUUCCCUGUGUCGCAUCUGUGACCGACCCUUCACACUUCCUUGCUCAGUACAGGGCCACCUCAAGGAGCACGAAGAGGAGCUGCGGCUGUAUGCAGAAGAGUUGCCACAUGGCAUCAUCCCCUCAGAGCCACCGCACGAGUGUGAGCUCUGUGGCAAAACCUAUUCCACGAGCAACAGUUUGCGAGCCCACCGGAAGACGCACAGCUCUGAUCGGCCACACAAGUGCGAUGUUUGUCAGAAGCAGUUUCUGCGCUCUUAUGACCUCAAGCGCCACCUACGAAUCCACACUGGCGAGCGGCCCUUUGUCUGUGACGUCUGUGGCCAGGGCUUUUUCCAGUCAUCAGCAAUGCGCAAUCACUUGCGCACCCAUACAGGCGAGCGCCCCUUUUCCUGCGAUGUCUGUGGCAAGGACUUUACUCUAGCAUCAACAUUGCGGGGCCACAUGAAGAUCCACACAGGCGAGCGGCCACACCGCUGUGCCCUGUGUGCCAAGUCCUUCUCGCGCCCCUAUGAGCUCAAAACGCACAUGCGCAUCCACACAGGCGAGCGUCCCUUCGCUUGCGGUGUGUGUGGCCUUGGCUUUGCCCAGGCCUCAACGCUGCGGACUCACGUCAAGAUUCACGAGCAAGGGGGAGCGGCGUCCUUUGCCUGUCGUUUGUGCGGUGAGGCCUUUGCGCAGGCGGCGGAUCUCGAGGCGCACUCCAAGAUCCACCUCGGUGAGCUGUCCCCACAGCCGCCAGAGCCUGCGCUGCCAUUCCGCUGCAGCAUCUGCUCAAAGACCUUCACGCGACAGACGCAUCUGCGCAACCACAUGAAGCUGCACCUGGGUCCCGAACCCUUCAAAUGCGAGGUGUGUGGCCAGGCAUUUUCGCAGUUUUCUACCCUAAAGAGCCACCUCAAGGCACACAUGGGUGAGCCAUCAUACUCGUGCUCGGCAUGUGGCCAGCACUUCCUGCAGUUUGCAGCGCUCAAGGCACACAUGGCACUGCACAGCAACGAGAAGGCACUCGUUGACUAGGCACCAUUCCCACUGAUGCUUGCUGCGUGACUGUGGCACAUUUGAGCUCUUAUUCUUUUUGAAGAUGGCUCACCAAUUAGCCAAAGUAGGAAUGUACUGUAUUUACCCAGGUGUAACUCAACUCAAAGUGAAAUAGUCCUGCUCACUCCUUCAUAACGCUGUAAAAGGGAAUAUGUUAACAAAUGUGUAAAUGAACUCUUGAAAAAUUCUACUCUGGAUCUUGUUAAUAAAUUGAUCAUAAGUUCUUGGAGUUAUGCUGGUGCAACUUUUAUCACUGAGCUUAUUCGUUAGCCAAUUAACCAAAGUAAAGAAAUACUUUAAACGUCAACUGAGAGGCAAGUCGACUUGCUUGUGACACUGGUGAGAGACAAAAUAUUAGCAGAACUGAAGCCAAUUUGUAAAAGAAUUAUGCUGCUUGUAGAAAAUGUAUUUGUCUGAUUCAAGGCUUGUGAUGGAAGGCCUGCAUAAUGCCUAUUAACUUCCCUCUUGGAAAUUGAGGCAUUGCUCCCUUUAUGUAGAAAGGUGACAGCCAUUUUUCUUGGCAUCAUGUUGAAUAAGUCUGUAGAUAACUGCAGUGGAAUAGAACUCCAGAAUAGAAACCAGUAAUUGAUUUAUUUUGUAACCAUAGGCUAUCAGUAACACAGAACAAUUGACUACUUUGCUUUGGAUGGUUGCUGAAACUCAAGGCAAAUUACAUGUAAAUAUGAUGAUGUAGUUGGUUGUUUCUGUGCAGGUUGUGCAUGUCACUGCUAUACUCUAGUGAACAUUUGAAAUUAGUUACAUUUUCUCGAGGUCUCGGCAAACAAUGUGGGAAGGCUUACUUGUAGCUUAUUUGUGGGUCGUUGGUUGUGCCAGCAUUUUUAACUUACUCAGGUUCUAUGUGUUCGCAAUCACUUCUAUGUGCAUAUGCGGAGCGGACUCAGUUUGUUUGAUUUUGCUAUAAGGGCUUUCUUUUGUUUUGGGUCUAUAUGUACUUUCCUUUUGGCUGGCAGUCACACUCGGGUAUUGACAAAAUUGCAUCAUAGAGCAGAACUCAUGCAAGUUGUGAAUGUUUACUCAUUCACAACCAUUUUGCUACUUGCACAAAUAAGGCUAGCUCAUGUAAGCAGCAUGCAGUGGGUAGUUAAAAUGACCUUGUUGGAAGCUAUGCAACAAAGGAACCAAAUAUGCUUAUAGGUUUACCUUCUGUAAAUGCUUUGCAAAACACAAGAGUCUCAAAUUUUGUUUGUGAUUGAUAAUAUUUCAUGAAUAUGACAAACAAUCCGUCAUAAGUUUCAAACAGUAGGGAAUGCAGGCUCACCUGGACCUAAAAUCCCCCACGUUGACCCCCACCUUCCCAAGCCCUCAGAGAUAAAAAAUUUGGCAUUUGUGGGUUGAUUUAUAUUUGGGUAAAUGCAGUACAUCAUACUUUCUUUUCUUUCUAUGGCAUAGGAGGUAUGCACUGACAUCAUCAAGGCUGCCAUAUUGUUGUACAGCCAGCACGGCGAAAAGCUGCACUUCAUCUUUAUCCACUUAACUGCACAGUGAACGCUAGGAACGGACAACAAAAUGGCGUAUGUGAUGCCAUGUGAAUACUCCCUAUAGAAAUGCAGUGGCAACACAUAAGAAAAUAUAAGAAAUUAGCAACAUGUUGACGUGAAGUCAUCAAAAGCACUUACCUAGUCUGCCAGAGUUCUUGUAUUUGGCCCCCAUGAAUGGACUGGUGUAACUUAUGAGCAUGAGAUGCUCCCCAGUUAUGUGUUAGAUGUUUGUGGUAUUCGAACCUGUGCAUCAAACAUUAAUGCUGUGUUAUAGUAUAAAUGCAUUCAAAUCUAAUAUAAUUUUACUUGUUUGAGAGUGUAAUUGCCGAAAUGUUUAUGUUGUGUCAGUUAAAUUACCAUUUUGUAAGCACAGGUGCACUUUAUAGAGGUAGUGUGCUGACAACUUCACUACUUUCUUGUACUUCCAUUGAUUCAUUUACUGUUUAAUCUUGUUUGUGGCUUCAAUCUGGUCAACUAAACAUGUGCGUGAAUAUUAACAAUUAAACCUGGAAUUUAUUGAGCUGUGUUAAACCGAAUCCUGAAGUGAUGACAUGAAUGUCAAGCGACUGCCUGCUGCAAAUAGUGCACAGUAAGUAAACCAAAAAAAUGAAGUUGUGCAUUCCUAAAUGUGGCUUUCCUUUUAAUGUGUAGAUGCUUCUGAUUCAAUCCAGAAUGUUCACUGAGACUGCUUUUGUUGAAACAUCUGGAAAAAAAUAAUAUGCAUUGUGCCCGUUUCCACACAUUGUUAGUACAAGUGCGCUAAAAGUUUCCACACUGCUAAUACAGUCAAACCCUUGUUAUGAUGAGGUUUCAUCUGACUUGAAAAUGUAUUUGCCACAUCCAAUAUUCAUUCUAAGCAUAUAAUAAUUACGCAUCGAUACCGGCACAAAACAUUUUAGAUUUACCUUGUUAUAUCAGAUACUUCAUUAUAUCCAUGUUCAUGAUAUUGAGUUUUUGUCUGUACAAAUGGCUAGCAAGAACAUCUCUUCACGCAGCAAGGCUUCUUUGUUGAUAGAGCUCCACUGCCAGAUAAAAGCAGCAGUGGCUUAAAAGAAAUUAAAUUACCCAAGAAUUUAAUCUUGUGCUCACUGCAAAGAGCACCGACUUUAUUUUGCAGCAUAAUGAAAUGACCGUUGACACUGGUCCUAUUAGGGAGCCAGUCAGUGCAGAAAUGCCACGUUACAGAAAUGUGAGAGACCGUUGCGCUUGCACAUUACUCAGGGUACUUUAUGUGGAAACCAGUGUUUGUUUGUCACUCUUGUUUGUUGUCGUCCUUGUGGGUGUGAAUUAUCCUCUCAUUGAGCUGUGGAAGGCACAUUAGACUGCAGUGUUGCAUAUUGUAAGGAACCAGGCUAAAUCAUACAAACUAUGGAAGUAAGACAGGACAUUGCACCCACUUUUGUCUGGCUUGGCACUGUGGCACCUACUGUUUGUCAUAUUGACUGCAGUGUGUCAGAGAGAGAAAGAAAAGAGCGGCUUUAAAGAGAAGCAUUCAGAUUGCAAGUACUAAUUUUGAACUUGCAAGAAGGAAACUAGGGAUUUCACAUCUUUCAGUUCCUUAUCUUUCGUGACUAACAAUAAAUGUGGCUGCUAGAGUGAGGGAAGUGGCCUUUCACAGCUCAUGGUUCAGCAUUGGAUGUGAUGCUUCCAAGAAGUUACGGAGGUUUUGACAAGUUUCGAUGCCUGCAGCUGUGAAAUUGUCUGUUUUCGAAUGUGUCCAGAACAGUACCAUCACGACAACGCCAAAACUGAGCAUGACGAUUGUCAUAGCAUGGUAGACAUUGUUCUACGUCCAUAGUGGUACAACUAUGAGCAUUGUAAGAGUGACUAAAGGGAGAGAAUGGCUGUAGAGGUGUGGCAAGGCCGGCAUUUGAUUGCCAAUAAUUUUGCAUGUAAAAGUUGCAUUCAAUAACUUUUUGUUAAGAGAGAUUGCUACACCUUUAGUGAAAAACAAUGUAGGCCACUCAUAAGGGUAGCAGAUCUAUGUAAUGAGGGCAGAGGGUAGCUUUGCUGUUCUCCAUAGGAUAUCAUGAGUCAGUCAUGUAGCUUUGUCACCUUGUCUCACUGUGGACAUGUAGCAUAAUCGCUUUACUGUGCUGUUUUCUGCUACACUGCAUGUUGGAACACGAUCACAAGAGUGUAACCAGAAGGCACCUUUAUCCAGCAAGGACAGCAUAAUGUAUUUUGCUGUGACAACGGAGCAACUGCGGCUGUGUAGCUGCUUUAGUCGAGGAACUUUAACGGGUGAAGCAUAGUAUGCAGAUUUUUGCAAAGAAUAAUGUUUUCAUUCUGAGCCCUGGUGUACCAAAUCUGGCAGGAUACUUGUCACAUCUACUGUAACAUUCUUGGUUGCUUCGCAGACACUGGAAUGCCUGAAUGUUUGCGAGCGUUCCAAGGAAGUGGUGUUUACAUUCCACUAGCUGUACGGGUGUCCACAUUUGUGUGAAUGUUCCUCUUGCAUAGAAGAGAAAUGUGCAUCCUAUCCUGCCACUUGUUUUAGUGUCUUGUCUUUGUUUAAUAGUAAUGUGACUUGUGUCCAUGUGUGUGCUAACUGUGCUGUCAUAUGUGUCUAUAUGUGUGCCAAAUUUAUGGCAACCAGGUUAAGGAUACUGACCAAAGAUACAGCUCUACCUCAUGAAAGUUCCGAUAAACAUGUCCCUUUUGAUGCUCUAGGGAUAUAGUUUGCAGUGCCAAACUUAUUUGCCAUUUGAUAGAUUGUCUCUUUGCUUUCUCUGCAUGACUGUUUUCUGUGAAGUGUUCUUUAUUUUUGUCCGUCAUAUGUAGUAGUGAAGACGCUUUGUGUCACAUUUUACAUAUUUACCCUGUUCACUUCUCAUUUGCUAGAGAAUCAUUGCAAGCAGGUGGAAAAUGUGAUUGCUGAAGCUGCUGGAGUCAUUUGCACUUUCUGAAUGUCUCAGUGUUGCUAAUGUCCGAAAUCUCUUCACAAAAAAUUGGCAGGCACUGUGCAGUGUCGAGAAACAAAUAAUUAUCUGCAGGUGGUUAAAGGUUAUUUAGAGCACCAGAAAUUAUCUUUCAGAGAGGUGCUAUCUAAGCAUGUUUCAUGUUACUCUGAUGGCAGUUCCAAAUAGAAGGCUGUUUGCAGCUGACGUACUGCCUUGUCAUAAUACUUCAUCUGUAAAAUUCUAAAAAUUUGAUAUCUAACUAUGCAUUCGCAGGAAAUAGUCACAUGCUCACAAAAAUUUCGUUAUGAAACACAAUAAACUAACAUUCCCAUGUCGCGACCUGUCCAGGUGCACGUAAGGUGUCUAAAAGUGUGUGCAAGGAAGUAAGAAGAAAGCUGAAGCCAAAUUCUCCAACAGUGUUUACACUCAUUGCGACAACUAUAUAAAAAUGUGCCUAUUGUUUUGUGCGUGCGCUGCACUUGUACACCAUUGCAGCAGCGGCUGUGUGUUUCUGGUGGCACAUAGCUGCAAAAAAGAAGAACAAAACAAACAGAAACACUGAAAUGUUCAUUGCUUGCACAGAUUCCACAGCUGUGGCAUUCGUGGAUGGCAGGCUUUUGUGUAGCCACACCUGCCCCCUCAGGGAAGUCGUGCUUUAGAGUGAAGAGGGAGAACAGUCCAGCAAGUGGACGGUUGGGUACCUAUCGGAUAUAAAAAAAGUUCCUAUGAAGUAUGGUGUGCUUUUCAUGCCUACUCAAACUGUAGUAGCCCUCGUGUGUGUUUAAAGAUGAGUGUUUCUCUCUCUCUCUUUUCUUUUCUUGUCACCAGUGUUGGUGCAACCAUGCGAGUUGGUUAAGUGCAUGCUGUAGUCAUGGCUCUUAUAUGUAUUGCUACUGUAGCCUGUAAUGACACCUUAGAACCCUGUCCAGUACUCUGCCUUAGCAUGGUGAGAACAGUAUUUGUGGAUUAUACUGGUUACAUCAAAAAGUAGGCAGCUUCGAGCGUAACUUUUGAAAGACCAAAAACAUAGUCCAGGCCACAGGAUGUCUGCUCGCUGUUAGUUCUUACCCGUGUCUGCAUUGUGGGUUGAUCACCUUCUUCAGUGCUUUCACUUUUUCAUGCGAUAACAUACAAUGCAAUGUCUCAGUGUAGCAGGUGGCACUCAUUGAUGGCGUGGCGUUUGAGCUGACCACUGCAUCAGUACGUUCCAUAAAAUUUGCAGAUUGAAAGUAAGGUUAACUUGCAAGAUUGCCUGUAUUCAAAUUUCUCUCACACGUUUGAUUAGACUACAGCAGUCUAUCUGCACUUUCGAAAAACAUUUGGCAAUUACGAGCCGUACCUUCUUUUUUUUGUGUGUGUGCUUCUCUGCAUAUGCGCUUUCCUGCAGAGGUAGUGUGCUCUUGGGUGCAUGCAUUGUUUACAGCCUGUCUGCAGUACACCAGACAACAGUUCAAUCAGAAAAUGGUUUCAGAAGAUAAUCCCUUUCUCAGUUAGCAUCCUUGAACUCUGCAGAAGACCACAAACACUGGAAGGGUUUUAUUUCUCGUAGCGUUCGCCCACAUUUUUCGAUGCCAUUUGGUAUGUGUCUUGAGUGGUCUUAAACAUCAUCUCAACAUACCUUGAAUAUAGACUCUGGACUGAAAAAGAAUACAGCAAAAUGUUCACGGUCUACUCGGAUAGUCUGACGGUGCAAAGUACAUGCUUUGCAUGGAGAGCGCCUAGUUUGACCCAGUGACAGUUCGAGGGCAAACUGUGUAGUGGUGUCUAUAGAAGAUGCAGGCAAGCAGCGACCACAAUAUUCCAUACUUUCCGUAAAUUCACCCACUGAAUUUGGUUGAACAUGAUGCUCCUUUCUACAGGAGCAGGUACUGAAAUUGCUUAAAUGUCCACACUGUGUAGAAGCUGCGUCCUACAAUUACGAUCAUUAAUAGGUAACUGAGAAAUAACGAAAUUGGUGCACCAUCUGUAUCAUGUGUAUAGUUUGUGCAUGCAAAAGUAGGCUCAUCAGAAUGUGUACCUUGAUCAAUAAACCAAUAAAAAGAUCA